GCCAAGAAUCGGCUCGUUGGCUCUGCGAGAACAGAUGAAUAGGCGCCGACCGACCACCGCCAAGGGCUCGACGAAGGCUAAGGAGUACACCGGCAAGCCGAAGACGGGCAAAGCCGAGACGAGUCGAAAAGAAUCAGCCGAGGCCGGAGAUGAAGAAACGGAGGAAAAUUUCAGCUCGGACGCCCUGAUCAAGCAGAAUUAUGAAUUACGUCACCGGCUCGAAGAAGAGGCGGCAGGUUUCAAGAAAAGGAUAGACGCCUACCGGCAAGCGCAGCAGCACCAAGCGGAACUAGUCUCUCGCCUGCAGGCCAAAGUAUACCAAUACAAAAAACGAUGCUCGGAGCUCGAAAGUCAAAUGGCGGAAUCUCUGCCGGCCGAGGAGGAUCGACUUUUGACCGGUUCGCUACCGGGUCAAUUGAUAUUGCAAGCGGCGCAUCAAACGAUGCGCGAGAUGCGGGAGGAGCAGAUCGAAGAUCUGGACACGGCCCUGAAAAAGCUCGCCGAGGAGCGUAACAGAUGCGAGAAGCUGCUCCAGCUGAACGUGAGCCUGAAGGAGCAGCUCGAGGAGUCGCACCGCACGAACGACGCCCUGACGAGCGACCUGCAGAAGAUCAGCAGCGAGUGGGACGCCCUGCGCGAGGAGAUGAGCACCAAGGAGGAGGAGUGGAAGGAGGAGGAGAUGGCCUUCAACGAGUACUACAACUCCGAGCACAACCGGCUGCGGAACCUCUGGCGCGACGUCCACUCGGUCAAGCGGCUCUUCGCCGACAUGAAGUUCGCGACCGAGCGCGACCUGUCCAAAAUGCGCGGCGAGAUGAGCGGCCUGGCCAACGACACCCUCACUGCCUGCAGCAGCACGAGCUUCUUCCUCAAGCUCCAAGCCGCUGCCAACGCGGCCUCAUCGUCCAUCGUCAGGUCGGCCCAGCCUCAAUUCCAGGCUGAGAAGAGCCAGGCCGCCAGCGAGGAGGCCGCGGCCAAGCUGGAACAGGCACUGGCGGAGGUCCGCAGCAGGGACGAGAGGAUCCAGCAGCUGCUGCGCGAGGUCCAGGCGCUCGAGGAGAAGUGCUCGGAGGCCGAGGCCAGCUCGGGCCAGCGGCUGCGGCUGCAGGAGGACAUCGACAUCCUGCAGUCGGCUCUGCGGGACAUCGCGCACGCCGUCAUCCAGGACGCCGAGACCCGCGAGAUCGACGCCAACAUCCCGGCGACGCAUCUUCAUCUGUCGCCCAGCGCACCCAUACCCUCGAGCAGCCUUAAGAGACCUAAGCAGAGGGGAAGCGCCAUCCCAGCCUUCGCCGAGAGCACCAUCAGCGCUGUUCAGGCUGCUCUUCACAAGUACCAGCUGACCAUUCACGAGCUCGAGGUGAAGCUGCAGACGCACGUGGAGCAGUUGGUGAUAUCGCGCAAACAAGCCGAGGGUCUGGAAGAGCGAGUCGUCAUUCUGGAGGAGAAGAACGCCGACAUCGUCGUCCAGCUGGAUUCCAUGAGAUCGCGAAGCUUGCAACUGUCCCAGGAGCGAGACAUGCUGCAGAAAGCUCUGGACAACGUCAGAAGCGAGAAGCAGAGCCUCGACAAGAACUGCGUCGAGUACACCGGGGUCAUCGACAACCUGAGAGCCGAGUACGAGAGGAUCGACAAGCUCAACGUCAAGCUGGAGAAGCUCUGUCGUAACCUGGAGGAGGAGAAGUACCUCCUUCAGCAGGAGGUCGACCGGCUGAGCAAGGACUGCGAGGAUCGAGAAUCCACUCUGCGGAUCGAGGAGGACCGCAAGCGAGAGCUGAAGGAAGAGCUGCUGAGUCUGCGCGAGGACUUGAACAAGGCCUGUCUCGCGAAAGACAUGCUGGAGCAGCAGAAAUUCGAGGCGGACAACUACCUGUCCCAGGCUGAGAAGGGCAAGGCCGACUUGGAGCUGGAACUCGAGCGAGUGACGCUGGACAAGUCGGAUCUGCAGGAGGUUCUCUCGAAAUGGCAGGCGGUCUGUCUGAAUCACGAGCAGGACUUGACGCGACUCCAGGAGGAGCUGAAGAAGUGUAACGAGGAGAAGAACCAGCUGGUCAGUCAGAGCGCCGACCAACAAGGAGACUUGACCUCGCUCAGAAAAGAGCUGCUGCAGGCCGAGCAGACCAGACUGGACCUCGAGUCGGAGAAGGUGACCAUGCACGAGAAGCUGAAGUUCCUGGAGAACGAGAAGGAAAAGGUCGAGAUGGAUCUGGCCCAGGUCAGCCGUGAACGAGGUGACUUGAGCAACCAACUGUCGGCCCUGCGCAGGAAGAGGGAGAGCCUGAACGAAGAAUUCAUGAGAGCGAAGCAACGCUUGGAACACAACAACGAGAUGAUGGGACGACUCAACCGGGAUAUCCAGAUGCUCAUCAAAGAGAACGAGGAAAAGCAGGUGCUCCUGGACAGCAGCGAGAAAGAAAUUCAGAGACACCAGGAGAUGCUCGCAUCCAUACACAGUGAGAAGGAGAACCUCGAAGCCACGCUGUUCGACACGCAGGGCAACCUCGAGAAUACUCACCAGAGGAAAGUCCAACUGGAGAAAGAGCAGCAGGAAUUGUUGAUCAAGCAGGAGAGCUUGAAUGGGCAGAUUCAGCGUUUGACCAAGGAAUUGGAGAACAGCGAGAAGCACGUCCGCGACGUCCAGCAGAAGCUGACGCAGGUCAUCGAGAACCAGGAAGUUGAGUACCAAACUGCCAUUGCCAACCUGAAGAAACAGAGCGAAGAAGCCAUCAGGAAUCUCAACGAAGAGAAGGAACAAACAAGGAUAACACUGGAGAAGAAGCUGCAGCAGAACGUGUCCCAACUUGGAAACGAAAAGGAGCAAGAAAUCAAUCAGCUGCAACAGAGGAUCGAAGAACUGCAGCAUCACAUGGAGAACAUGCGCGAGGAGCAAGAGGGAUUGCUUUUCAGAGCUGAGAACGAGAAGCAAAAAGCACUGCUGAUAGUUCAACAAGAUCUGCAGGCUCUGCUGGUGAAGUACGAAAACGUCUGCAGAGAAUUGGAAGGCGAGAAAGGCACUCUAGAGCGAGUUCGCCGAGAAGCAGCGGCUCACGCCGAACAAGACCGUAGCAACUUGAACAAAACUCGCGACGAAUUGAACCGAAUCAAGAACAAAAUGGAAGAAGCCAAACUCAGAGCUGACGAGGAAAAAUUGAAGCUCGAGCUGAAGAUGGAAGAGAUUCGUAACGAAAAGGAGAACGCCUUGAAGGUUUGCGAAGAGUUACAGAUCCAACUGCACAUGACAGAGGACAAGGUCGACGAACUCCAGAACCAAGUUCAAGAGAAUUGUCGAAAGCUGAAAGAAGCUGAGAUCACCAUAGAAACUUCACGAAAAGAACUUGUCGACUUGCGUCGACAACUGACCGAUUCGAAUUUCGAGAAGGAGAAGUACAACAGCACCAAUAAAGAUUUGAGGGAAAGGAUCAAGCAAAUCGAGACGGAAAGACGAGAACAAGCCCGUACGCUGGAAGACUCGUACCAGAAGAUUGCAGGUCUCGAGGACGCCAAGACGUCCCUGGAAGCAGAUCGCAAUCGCCUGCAAAACAACCUUCGCGAGACCGAGCGCGAAGCAUUGCAAUUGCAGCAGCAGCUGAGAAUGACUCAGGAGGAACUGGAGAAGUCCCACAACGCCAACUCCCAAGCUCAGAACAACGAAAAAGAGCUGGAAGGAAGACUGGCCAACGAGAUCGAGGAACGGGAGCGCGUGCAACUGCAGCUUCACCAGAUGAAGAAAAAGGCUGUGGACCUCGAGGGAAGUCUAGAGCUGAUCCGACAGGAGCUAGCAAAGACCCGAGCUCGUAUGAGCGAGGAAGACGAGCGAUUCCGAGAUUGCGAGCAGAAGCUGAAGCACCAACUGGAAGAAGCUCGUUGUAGAGAGCACAAGCUCAAGGAGGAGGUGCACAACUCGGAAGUUUGCUUGGCCGACGCGAUUCAACAACUGCAAGAGCUAAAGGCACGACUGGGUGGCUCGGAGGGCCGAGUUCGCGCUCUCGAAGUACAGCUCAUGCAGUUGGAGGGCCAGAAGAAGGAGGUCGAGCAGAGACUCAGCAGCAUCGUCAUGAUCCUCAGGAGAAUCGCCGGUAUUCAGUUGGACGGCAGUGUCAGCGUGCCGUUUAAGCUCUCCAGUCCGACCAGACGAUACAGCCCCGUUAGAUCGCACGAGCAUGGAGACGGAAAUCGCGAAGUCAUCUUGGACGUUGACCCAGAAGCGGUGAGGAGAGGUGUCAAAUCUCUGAUGCAACAGGUCGCGCAGAUCGAGCGCGAACGCGAGGACUUGAAGUCGGAGCUGAGCAUCACGAAGAAACAGCUCAUCGAGGCUCAGGAUAACCAGACCAAUGUCAACUCGAAGCUCAAAAACGUACACGCUCAAGUGAGAAGCUUGCAAGACGAGAAGAACAACCUGGAGACGAAGCUGAUGCAAAAGCAGACUCUUCUGCAAGCACAGACCGAAAAAUUGGAGGACAAGAGCGCGGAAUGUGAUCGGUUCAGGGAGAAGGUCAUCGGUCUCGAGAUGACGGUCUCCAGUGGAUGCGAAGACAAGUUGCAGUACGAGGAUAAAAUGGACAAAAUGAAGCAGACCAUCAACAAGCUCGACAGCGAAAAACGAAUCCUCAAAGAGGAUCUAGCCAAGAGCGAACACAGAGCGACUCAGUUAGAAGUUCACCAACUGUCCCUCGAAGGCGACCUACAGAGACUCCAAAUGGUCAUCGCCGACAGGGAAGCCAGCCUACAGAAAGCGCAAGAGCGUUGCGAGUCGCAAGCACGCACGCUAAUCAGCCUCGAGGAAAGGUGCAGUUCCCUGAAGAGUACAAUCGAGCAGCUGAACGGUGCGCUCGAAAAGGGCUCCGUUACCGAGAGCGAAAUGAAGGCGGAGAUCAAUCAUCUGCACAGAAGCCUCAUCGAGGUGAACGCGCACUCGCAGAGCGACACCGACAAAAUCAAGCAGCUGCAAAAGCAACUAUCGAGCGCUGAGAGCGAGCGCCGCGUGAUAACCGAGCGCCUGGAGAACCUGCAGCAAGCUCUGAGCGAUCUGCGCCACGCCAACCAGAUGCUGACCGACCAGAACACCAGAUUGCAGAACGAGCUCGCCAACUGCGAGGUUCUUCGCUCAGGCCUCGAGUCCCAGUUGCGGCUGUCCAACUGGCCGCGCGACAGCUCGAGCAGCAGCGACAACCGCGAGGAGGAGCUGCUCAGACAGCUGGCCACUGCUCAGAGGGAGCGCAGCGAGUUCAAGGCCAAGGUCGACUCGCUCAGCGACAAGGUCAAGUCCCUGGAGAACGACAAGCGCAACCUGGAACGCCAGCUCUCCUCCGUGCGCUCGAGCAACAUGCGCAGCAAGAGCUACGAGCGCCAGGAGAAGGCCCACAGCGAGCUGAUCGGUAGCAACUUCGGCGCCGAGCACUACGAGCAGGAGAUCCGAGACCUGCGCCUGAAGAUCCGCCGCCUCGAGUGCGAGCUGUCUGAUCGCGACUCUGAGAUCGUUAGGCUGAAGACGCAGGCCUCGCACUCGCACGCCCACACGAUGAUGGACCGGAACGUCGAGGUCGAGAGAUACAGGGCCGCCCAGCUGCAGGCCGAGAAGCUCCUCGAGGCGAGGGAACAGAGCCACCGGCAGCAAGUCAUUCGACUCGAGAGUCAGAUCCACUCGCUGAGGGAGCAGCUCAAUCAGGAAAUCAAGCGCCGUCAGCUCUACGUGCUCAGGAGCUCUCGCGCAGGUCGCGAAAUGCAGCACAUCCGGCAAGCGCUGGGUGACUCUCUGCGAACGGUGGCCCAGGAACCUUCGCUGGACGCGGUGCUGCUGGAGCACGAGGCGAGGAAGCUCGACUGCACCGUGAGCCACAGCAGCCACGCGAGUCUGCCGGGCUCGUUGGCCCUGCCAGCGCCGACGUCCCACUUGGAUCGUCGCUCGCCUAUCCCUUCCUCCAUCAAGUGAACUUGAACAGUCGCGGCGACGGGACACCUACAUCACAUCAGCGAACACACUGCCUUCGAGUUUAUUAUAAAAUCCCAUCGUAGUAGCCCACUUUUCGUUCGCCCUCGGGAGAGAGGCUUGUGCACGUUAUACCGAUUUUGUAUCUGUCGGGGUCUUUUUCUAUAGUCAUGGCCCUUUGUUCGACUGCGCGAUACGUGUCCUUUUUCGUGCAUGAUGACGACUGCACUUUGCGUCAUGAUGGAGAUGGGCAAGGUCGCGCGGCGAGUUUACUACAGCGCGAUCAUUUUCAUGGCCUCCGUAAGACAGAUCGGUACCUAUAUACACUGCCUGUAUUCUUUAUGAUACUUGCACGAGUUACCUGAUUUAAAGAUUAUACAUUAUUAUAUGUGUCGUUAUGUUGUUUUGCUAGUGUAACAUUAAGUUCCUUAUUCUGUUUCAUUUUACACGUCUAUGCGGCGAACUGAAAACCAGAAUCUCAGGGAGUUGACUUUUGAAAAAAGUAGUCGUGGUUUUUAAAUAUCUAAUAUAUAAGUUUAGUAGAUUUGAAAAAGAAAAAACGUUAAGCGCACAAAGUAUAAUAAAAGUUGACUAUAUAUUACCGUCGUUGAUGAUUUUAUCUCGCGAUAUUGCAGAACAAAACAGAGAGAGAGAGAGCACAAAUUGUAUAAGGUAGAUGUGCAACGAAAGUAAUAACGAAAAAAAAAAAAUGCUUUCUCUGGUCUCGGCCCCGAGACCAAAGUGAAAAAAUGCGAGCAUUUGCAGAGAGAAAAGUAGACGAUAAGGAUAGAGCAAAAACAGAACGAGUCGAGCGUUACAAAAGAAUAGAUGUAAAGGCUCUAGAGGCGCAGAGAGCUUGUUGCAUAAAUAUCAGAAGCAAAAUAGUAAUGUAUGCCGAUGUCAACGCGCGUCUGUGAUUGCACACCUUUACGGAGCAGCUAUAUUCUGCACACGCCUAAUUAAAUGCUUCGGGAGGCAAUCAUUUCCUAUGCUAAAUAUAUUAUAGGAAUAAUUAUUCAUUGCAUUUUUAUGUAAAUUCUCUCUCAUACCCGCGCGCGGGGACUAUCUAAAUAUUUCAGGAAAUAAUCUGUCAAUCGACGCUAGGUAUAAUACACUCUGCAUUUCCGCAGUCUUUUCAUAAACAACUAGGUAAAAUUUUCAAACACGAGCAUUUAAAAUUGUACAUAAAAACGAAUUUUUUCUAGAUAAAACAAGAGUAUAGCUUCCCGUAAAAGUAUAGCCAAGGGGCGAUCGACGCGGCAAACAUUAGUAUAUCGUCGCAAACGCAAGAAGAUAUAGACGAAUGAAUAAAAAAUUAUUAAAGAACUCUUUUUCCGGCUAUAGUGAGUAUAAGGAUAAUUCGGAGAGAAUGGAUUGUGUCAAUUCUCUUCUCAUAGAGAAUAUCUAGACAUCCAGUCCAGCCGUCCGAUGAUGGAUCAUAUAUACGAAUCGAUAAGCUAUGUAACAACGAUGAUCUCACACUAUUCGCAUAUUUUUUCCUCCUCAGCCCGUAAUCUCGAUUUGACUUGCGUUCCGUUCAUUAAUCAUAUACAUUAUCGAAGCGUCUAAUACCUGUGUUGUUAGAUAUUCAAAUUGACAUUAUAUAGUUGUGUUUGUAAACAAUAUAAGAGUGAAGCGUAUACGCGAUUUAUGUGUUUUCCGACGCUCAGAGUCACCCUUAGGUUCGAUCGAUCUUCCACUGGUAUCCGCGACGACUGAUGUCUCUGUCGAAAGAAGAGCCUCUACCGUACAAGCAAACCCGUAAAAAUAAUGCUCGGCUCUUAUUCGAGAGAGAGAGAGAGAAAAAAAAAUAGCGCAUUACCCUUGCGUGUCGGCGUCGGUGGUGACUCGCGCGACUUUUAUAGAACCUUACGUUGUAUACGCCAUCUGAAUGUAACUUUGUGUUCGAAAUAAACGACAAGUUUUGUUGAGAUAAAAAA